CGCCAUUACAGCGCCGAGCUACAAACAGCCAAACAAACUCUCACAACUUCAAAAAACUAAAAAAAAAGCUAAACGAUCGAUUGAACUAAAACAGCGAUAAGCGAGUGUACAAUGUAAUGUGAUGCUAGCACAUGCUGGCUACAUUUAACUAUAUUAACAAUAUUAACAUCACUUAAAUAGCGUGACAUGAUAUCUAUCCUUCGCUACAAGGGGUACGUGAUAACACGUCAUUGUGAUGCUGUAAAGUUCGGUCACGAACCUCCUGCACAUUGCACGGUAUAGGCGCGCGUGAAACUGAAAUUACGUUUAAAUACUACCAGGAGCCCAUCCACCACGUCGCGUGGCUUUACUGGACGCAAAAUUUCUGUGGGUUGCGUUGAAGUUGCUUCUCGUGCUCCGGACAACAGAGGUUGCAGAAAACCGAUGUGACACAACAUCCACAGAUUUCAAAGUCUUUGCUUCGUAAGUCAAUGGCGUCAGGCCCAUCUUGGAGAGCUGUUUUUUGCUCCUUCACCUGUCUUGUACUCAUACAGUCAGUGUUGUUCUAUCUGUACUUCCCACGGAUAGAAUUUAACAGAUAUGACCCCUUCAAGCCCUUGAAAAGAGGCCUUACAAAAGAACUAAAAGAAAUAUACCUAGAAAUGCAAAAGUUACACAUUCAUAAGAAGGUACCAUCAGCAAGACUGGUUCAGAAAUUAGAAGAAAUAGUAAAUCGCUUGGACAGUAGACUGCAACCAGCGAACAUAACCAGCGGGACACUCGGCAAAAAUGGAGGCGUGGACGUGUGUCCAGAGGAGUUCAAAGGAACACUUGCUGGGUUCCAAUUUUAUACCACGGGCUGGGACAUUACCAACUGUACUAACGCCAAACCAAUCAGUUCUGUGAUAAGUAUUUCAGUUAAUACUGUAGCAUAUCCUAGCAAAGACGAGAACAACAUUGAAAAGGUUUUAAAAGGGAUAACAGAGACCUACCCUACAAUUCAGGUGUAUUUGGCAACACGGAGUGACCAAGUGAUAGAGGCUGCCAAAAGGUAUAAUGUUGAUGCCUUUAAGGUCUAUAAUGCAAACCUAGGCAAAGGAUGGAACAUGUUGAUAAGAAAGGUAUCUACUCCUUACGUUCUCGUUGCGAGAGAUGUUUUUCACUUCACCUGGCUUACCCAACUUGAGAGGCAAAUACGUGUGGCCACUCAGAUACCAAAUGUUGGAGUUGCAGGUGGAUCUUACCGUAACUUUUCAGGUCACUGGAAAGCGGGCUGUGUGCAAACUACAAUGAAAAAUUACGUCCUGGAAUACCAGGAAGGCUAUUAUCACUCAAGAAACGAGUGCAUGUUCUGUGAUUAUCUGCAGGGUCCUUUCGUUGCCAAAACAAGGCUGUUGAAGUUUGACGAGAGUCUUCCAAAUGAGGUCAUUUUUGAAGACUGGUUUUUACGUGUUGUUGAAGCUCGACACAUGACAAUGUCAUGUCCAGACGCUAUGUAUUUCACUACUGAUUACAACUUUAAUUCCAGAAGAACUGAUAAAAAUGUGUGGAAACCUUUGGCUAAGAAGUGGGAGCUUAAUCGGGUGUUACUGCCCCAGGGGGUGAAGCAUUCCUUUUCCUGUCAGGACAUUGGUUUCGAAUGCAAUGCUAAAAGCGCUUUGCUGCCAGUCUGUUGUCAGGAGGAGUAUGCAGAUGCACUGUGGUUUGUUCAGAAGUUUGCCGAUACGCAUAAUGUUACAUUUGAGCUUGAUGCUGGUUCCUUAUUGGGUGGUGUUAAGUUCAAUGGACUUCUUCCUUGGGACUUGGAUGGAGACAUAAAGGUUUUAUUGUCCGACUUUGCAAUCUUUAGCAAGAGAGAAACGGUCGACCAUUUUCGGAAAAAUGGUUACGAGCUAAGCGAGUAUGGAAUACAAGAUGACGGUGAACGCGGGUAUGUGAAGAUAAGCUUCAAUAAAUUUUACAUUGAAGUCUGGGGGAGACCUGCUGUGACAAACACUCAGUAUCUCCCCGCGGAACUACAAAAACAUGCAACGUUCACCAAAGCAAACAUUCGGGGUAACUGGAUUGAUACGGCGUUUAGUCCUGGUUUGUUCGCAAGAAAUCGAUAUGGAAGAGAAAUCCUAAAACACUCACAGUCCUGGAUCAAAUUAGGAUUAGAACACAGUUACUCUGACUACGAUCCUGGCAGCUUUGCGCCUUGUCAGAGACCAAAUCACCAUUCCUGCUUGCAGCUCUUCCCAGCUGACGGUAGUAUUCCAUUUUUAGUAACUUAGCAACACCUUCAGUACCCUAAAUCCUCGAAUUGGCGCCUAUUUCAAAUUUAGGAGAAGGAGGACGCUUAUAUGAGGGAGGUGUUUAAUCGAGGAAGGGGGCGGGGGGGCGCUUACUGAAUUUGUCCCAACUCGUAGCGAGAAAUGAUAGUUUUUCAGUUUUUUGAAAUACGGCAUUUGCCCGUAAACGACAA